AUGGAUCAAGGCGAGGACGUAGUAAUAAAACAGGACGCGCUUCUUUGUAAAAAAUCGCUGGGUAUGCAUGGCGUGGGUGAUCAACCAACCCGGUACAAAGCUUCACGCGAAACGAAGCAACUAAAAGAAGAGUGGCGACAGCUUCAAGUGGAACUGACAUCAACCACACUUUCGCUUUAUUCUUCACCGGCACUUAUAUGGCCGAGCCGACGGUUAGAGCACAGAGUUGCACUCAAUGAGAAUCGAGAUCAACAUUUACAACAACGACACUCUUGUCGUAUAAGCAACAACCAAACUACCAAAAAACUACGGCUAUAUCUGCAAUCCCCACUUGAUUAUACCUUUUGCAUACAGUAUCCAUUUAAGUCAUCGCACGAUGAAUACGUCACCUUGACGUUUCGAGGCCGGUCUGUUACAUUAUCCCAAGAAUGGUAUGUGGCACUCUACCGGGUCUUGCCAGAUACUUGCAAACCUGCUUGCUCACCAUGGUGUGAGGUCAAUAUCCCAUUAAUGGACCUACAAGUGCGUCUACCCCUAGUGGACAAAUACACAAAUGAGAUGCGUUACGAUAUUACGCUCGACAGUGUGAAAUCCGCAGUGCUGGCUGUGUUGGAAAAAGAUGAGGACUGGGCCCAGAAUGUCCAGAGUCGGUUGGGAAAAGACAACAUUGCCAUGUGUUGGACGCGCGAUAAUCGGACAGAAUGGGUGUAUUGGGCACGCAGUCUUACGGAUGAAAGAAGACAUAUUAAUCUCGUCAUGUCUCCACAGCAUAUUGAACAGACCCAUCGACUAGAACUUCGACGGAUUGAACAUACACCAACUGAUAUCAUCUUUUCUGAUCACAAGUCCAUGCAGGAACCACCACCGGUAGAAGGCUUUUUA